AUGGGAAAUUUAAAUAGGCUUAUUGUUCGUCCUCCAGGACAUAGUGGUAAAGCUAAAAGAGGUCAUUUAUGUUUUGAUGCUUCAUUUGAAACAGGAAAUUUGGGAAAAGUUGAAUUAAUAUCAGAAUUUGAAUAUGAUCUUUUUAUAAGGCCGGAUACAUGUAAUCCAAAAUCAAGAUUGUGGUUUAAUUUUUCUGUUGAUAAUACAAAAUCAGAUCAGAGAGUUAUUUUUAACAUAGUUAAUUUUAGUAAAAGAAAAAGUCUUUUCGAAUUAGGUAUGACACCAAUAAUUAAAUCAUCAAGCAGACCAAAAUGGCAAAGGAUUCCAAAAAAAUACAUUUAUUAUUAUAAAUCUCCUGAUCAUAACGGUCAAACCGUUUUAUCAAUUUGCCACGGAUUUGAUAAAGAAGAAGACAUUUAUCAAUUUGCUUACAGUUUUCCAUUUUCUUAUUCUAAAUGUCAAGCUCAUCUUAAACAAAUCGAACAGAAAAAAUAUUCAUUUAUAAAAAGAGAAAUUUUAACUAAAUCGAUACAAAUGCGUGCAAUCGAUAUGUUAACGAUAUCAAACAUAGAAUCCAAUAAGAAACAAAGAAUUGUUUUUAUAUUAGGAAGGAUUAAUCCAGGAGAUUCUCCUACAUCAUUCGUAUGUCAAGGGAUAUUAGAUUUCCUCAUCAGUAAUCAUCCAAUUGCUGUAAAGCUAAGAAACGUUGCAACUUUUAAAAUAGUACCCAUGAUGAAUCCUGAUGGAGUUUUUUUAGGAAAUCACAGAUCGAAUUUGAUGGGAUCAGAUUUAAAUAGAAAUUGGCACCAACACAACGAAUGGUCACAUCCAUCUUUAUACGCUUUCAAUCAAUUGGUACUCGAUUUGGAAUCGAAUAAAGGUGUUAAUGUGGAUUUCAUAUUAGAUCUUCAUGCAAGUUCGAGUCUUCCAGGGGUUUUUAUUUACGGUAACACAUACGACGACGUUUACAAGUACGAAAGGCAUACGGUUUUUCCAAAAUUGUUAGCACAAAACGUUGAAGAUUACGAAAGUGAUAAUACAAUGUAUAACAGAGAUGCUUUUAAAUUGGGUCCCCCAAGAAGGUAUUUUAAUUCAAAGCUCAAAGGCGGCACGAAUUGUUACACAAUAGAAGUUUCAUUUUUCGGUUAUAAAAAAAAAGAUGCUUUCAAUUACAAAGAUAAUCAGAUCAAAGACUGGGUAGAAAUUUAG